UCACAUGAGACACAUUGAAGAAAAUUAACCCUUGAAUAUUUUAGUUAUUAUAUAUAGCUAAGAUUUACCAAAAAGCUUGUAAUCUCCAUAGAGCAAUCAAGAUGAUUGGGGAUAUGAGUCACUUUGGACCAAUUUUUGCUGUCUGCAUGUUCAUAUAUGCAGUGUUCCGUCAAUGGUUUCAUGAUCAGUUUCAUGGGCAUGUUGAAAUGUAUGGUCACAAACUCUUUGGAUAUGUAUACCCUUAUGUCCAGAUCACUUUUCAUGAAUACCAUGCCGAAUUCUUCGAACGAAGCAAAGCGUAUGCGGACAUUGAACGCUACCUCAGCGCCAGCUCAUCGAACCGAGCUAAACGGCUCAAGGCGAAUGUGGUCAAAGACUGUGAAUCUGUAGUCUUGAGUAUGGAUGAUUAUGAAGAAGUCACUGAUGAGUUUAAUGGUGUCAAGAUCUGGUGGAGUGCAAGCAAAACUAUUCCUGAGCAGCGGAGUCUUUUUUCGGUUCGUGAUGAUGAGGAGAGGCGGUUUUAUCGACUCACUUGCCAUCGGAGACACCGAGAUUUUGUCACCAAUGUUUACCUGAAACAUGUGCUCGAUGAAGGGAAGGCGAUUGCGGUCAAGACCCGACAACGAAAGCUUUAUACCAACAACAAGAGUGAGAAUUGGCAUGGUUACAAGAAGACGAUUUGGAGCCAUAUCGUAUUCGAGCACCCGGCUACGUUUGAUACGCUUGCGAUGGAUCCAAAGAAGAAGAAGGAUAUUUUGGACGAUCUGAUGACGUUCACCAAGUCUAAAGACUACUAUAAAAAGGUGGGCAAGUCGUGGAAACGAGGAUAUCUUCUUUACGGCCCACCAGGAACCGGGAAGUCUAGCAUGAUUGCGGCCAUGGCUAACUUUCUAGAGUACGAUAUCUAUGAUCUUGAACUAGCGUCCGUGAAUGAUAACACGGAUUUAAGGAAGCUGCUCAUCGAGACAUCAAGCAAGUCCAUAAUUGUGAUUGAGGACAUCGAUUGUUCACUUGAUCUCACCGGCCAAAGAAAGGAGAAACAAGAAGAUGAUAAAGACAAUAAGAAGGAUCCGAUUAAGGAAAUGGAGAAAAUGACGAAGAAGAAAGGAAGCGAGGUGACUUUGUCUGGGCUGCUUAACUUCAUUGAUGGGCUAUGGUCGGCUUGUGGCAGCGAGAGAUUGGUCGUGUUUACCACGAACCAUAUAGAAAAGCUUGAUCGUGCUCUCAUUAGGAGAGGGAGGAUGGAUAAACAUAUUGAGAUGUCUUACUGUUGUUUUGAAACGUUUAAGGUUCUUGCAAAGAACUAUUUGGGUGUUGAAACGCAUGAGUUGUUUGCAACGAUUGGUCAGAUGUUGGGGGAGACGGAUAUGACUCCAGCCGAUGUGGCCGAGAGUUUGAUGCCGAAGUCGGAUGAGGAGGAUGUUGAGAUUUGCUUGAAGAAGUUGAUCAAGUGUUUGGAGGAUGCAAAAGAAGUAGCAAGAGUCAAAGCUCAGGAAGAUGCAAGGGUCAAAGCUGAGGAAGGAAAUAAGGUUGGUAAAGAUGGGGAAAAGGAACAAGCUAGUGAUGCAUAAGAAAAUGGUGUCAUUUAAUAAGUGCAACUAGAAAAUAUUUGAUUUCAACUUAUGGCAGUUUGUUUUGUUAGGCAUGUAUCUUGAAAUAUUAUUAAUUAAACUGCUAUAAUAAUCUACUUCAAGACUU